UAUUUAAUCAAACACUUAAUUAAAAUGGUUUACAAGAGGAAAAAGUACCAUUAUGGUGAUACUCAUCUUAAACGCAGAUGGAGGGUUAGGAACAGAAAGAAGGACUUGGAUGAGAUUGAUGAAGAUUUAAAGGAAGAGAAUGCAGAGAAGUUAUUGAACCAGGAAGUUGAUUUUGAUAAACCUGGAUCAGCUCAACAUUAUUGUUUGCAUUGUGCCAGAUAUUUUAUAGAUGAUCAUGCUUUGCAGGAUCAUUUUAAAACAAAGGUUCACAAAAGAAGACUAAAAGCCCUAGAAUUGGAGCCCUAUUCUGUUGAAGAAUCCGAAAAAGCAGCAGGUCACGGUAAUUUCGUUCCGGCUAAAAAACGAAAAAUAGAAACACAACCCUCAAAAGACGACCCUAAAAUGAAGAAAAAGAUACAGAAGAAAAAAUUGGUGAAGAAGAAACAGUCGAAGACCAAGAAGAGCAUCAUGACGAAUCAUCAAAUGAUGCAAACACUUUAAUCGAAAAUGGCACCGACGAAAUCCUGGCAGAAGCCCAAAUUGAAGAAUGUAAUGAUUUUGAAAGUGUUGAUAUUCCUGAGAAGCUAAUCGA